UAACCACGUGUCAGCUGUGAUGUGUAAAGACGGUAAAACACAGGGAACAGCCGAUGUUAUAGAAAUUAAAAGAGUUGCGUACCCGUCAUUUCGAGGGCAUUCAGGAGAGGAGGAGUCAGCAACCAUAGAAGAAAUUUUAAUCUCUUUCUUCUCUGCUCUGCUGCCGCCAUUGUUUUCUUAAGCCGAGCUUUAGGGCCGACAUUUUCAUUUCUCCGAGCUUUCUGAUUUUUUCACAUAUUAAGCAAUGGAUGAUGACUGGGAGUCUGAUGAUUUUGUGCCAGCUGCUCCAGUAGUUGCUAAGGAGAAGCCGAAAAGCGUGUGGGACGAUGAAGAAGAAGAAGAAGAAGAAGUGAAGGAGUCUUGGGAGGAUGAAGACAAUCCUGCUCCAGUAGUAAAGCCUGAUUCAGCCCCUACAGCAACAAAACCUGAAAAGAAGAUGGCUACUGAAAGCAAAGUUAAAAGUGUGAAAGUUCAGGAUGAAAAUAAAGCUACUGCAACGAAAGGGAAAGCUGCAAAAGUGCAGGAUGAAAAGCUUGCAGAUCCAUUGGCAGAGAAGCUUCGUCAACAAAGACUUGUCGAGGAGGCUGACUACCAGUCAACAACAGAGUUAUUUGGUAAAAGCAUUGGAGAUAAGUCAUUGGACACCUUUAUUCCCAAAUCAGAAGAAGAUUUUCUUGAAUAUGCAGAGCUUAUUGGGCAUAAAUUGAGGCCAUAUGAGAAAAGUUUUUGUUAUAUAACUCUCCUGAAAGCUGUCAUGCGGCAUGCUAUGACUUCCCUGAAAGCUGCGGAUGCUAAAGAAGUAGCAUCAUCAGUUACUGUUAUUGCAAAUGAGAAACUGAAAGCUGAAAAGGAAGCUGCGGCUGGAAAGAAGAAGACUGGUUCAAAGAAAAAACAGCUACAUGUUGACAGGCCAGAUGAUGAUGCGUUAGCUGGACAUUAUGAUGAUGUGAAUGAAUAUGAUUUCAUGUGAAGUCAUCUUUUUGUUCUAAAUAGCCAAGUUAUUUGUAUCUCUUGAUUAAAGAGCCCAAACCUCAAUUGGUUGGGAGAGGCUAGCAGCUUCAGAAGUGUUGUCAAGGAUGAGUCUAUUUAUUUUUUUACAAGGGAGUUUAUCUUUAAUGGCCUUUGUAGGUUCUGUUCACAAAUUUUUGAGACAGGAAUUUUAGGUAUGAAUUUUAUGAUUAGAAUUUAGAAUUUAGGGGUUUCUGGAUAUUCCUGGCCCAGCGAGUUAAUUGUUGUAAUAUAGGGGAAUUGUUAUCUAUCAAAGCAUUGUAAUAGGAUUGCAAGCUAUUGUUCUAAAUGGUUCGUGUGUGUGCUUGGACACGGCAAAUUUGAUCUGCCACAUUUCUGGAAGCUGUUAGAUGUUUGUGAACAGUAAUUUGGAUACCAAGUUGAUUGGUUAAAUGUUGAAUUAAGUUCAAUUGUUUUAUAUAGAUCUUACAAAUUAAUCA